GCCCCCUUGGCCACGCCCCGUUAAGCCCCGCCCAUCACCAGGGCCCCCACCCCGUUAAGCCCCGCCCCGCUGCUCAAAGCGGCAGCACCGAGAGCGCCCGAACGGCUGCAACGGCACCGGCACCGCCACCACCGGCCGCCAUGGCCGAGUACCGCAGCCUCCUGGAGGAGCUGGCCCAGAACAUCACGGCCGAGGACCUGGAGCAGCUCAAGUCCGCCUGCAAGGAGGACAUCCCGAGCGGCGAGAGCGAGGCCAUCGCCACCAGCCACCACUGGUUCAGCUUCCUGGAGAAGCACGGCAAGCUGGGGCCAGACACGCUCUCGUACGUGGAGCACAUCUUCGAGAUCUCGCGCCGCCCGGACCUGCUCACCACGGUCGUGCGGUACCGGACCCACGUGCUCAAGAUCUCGGAGGAGGACGAGGUGGACACGAAGCUCACGCGCAUCCCCAGCGCCAAGAAGUACAAGGGUGAGGGGGGGGGAAUCCAUGGGGAGAGGGGAUCCAUGGGGAUGGGGGAAACCAGGGGGA